AUGAAACGAGCAAAUUUAAAUGACCUCUCCCUGAAUAUGGCUUCUGAAGAUUGGACUACUGUAUAUUCAGCACUGGAUGUGGAUGAGAAAGUAUCAGCUUAUAACUCCAUUAUAAUCAAGAUGCUUGACGAGUUCUUACCUGAAAAAACCAUCAGAGUACAUCACUCUGAUAAACCGUGGAUCACCGGUAAUAUUAAAAUGCAAAUCAAAGCUCGUCAGAAGGCCUUUUCUCGUGGUGAUCAGCCAAGAUACAAACAACUAUGCGAGAAAGUGGCAAAUCUUAUAGCUAAAGCUAAAGCCACCUACUAUCGGUCCAAGGCCUCAGAAUUUCGUACCUCGAAUCAAUCGAAGUGGUAUAACUGUAUCUACUCUUUAGUAAAUGCCGAAAACACAACCCACACCCAAUUUCCACACGGGCCCGAAAACCUAGACUUAUCCGACUUAGCUGAAAAACUUCAGAAAGCCUUCACUAAACCAUGGUCGGACCGUUACACGAAUGUCGCCUUUGAAAUACCUGAAGUGAACCACCCACAUAAGAAUAACAAACCACCCCUUCCUUCUAUUGGCCAAGUUAAAGCGGUCUUAAAACAUCUUAAUCCAAGAAAAGCAACUGGCAUCGAUAAGGUUCCUGCAUGGAUGCUCAAACAAUACCACGAAGACCUAGCUCCUGUGGUUUAUGACAUUGUGUGCUGUAGUAUAAGUCAAUGUUGUUAUCCAUCACUCUACAAACAUGCCCUAAUUUCCCCUGUUCCUAAAGUGCAACCGCCGAGAGACAUUAACAAUGAUUUCCGCCAGAUAUCAGUCUUACCCCAUCUUGCCAAGAUCCUGGAAAAGAUCCAGCUCCAGUUAAAUAUUGAAGACCUGAAAAUUAAGAAUAACCAGCACGCGUUUACUCAACAUCGAAGCACAGUCUCUGCGUUAAUAUCAACUACCCAAACCUGGUUUAAUGCCACUGAUUGUUCAAAAACAGGCAAAAUGGGGGUUCAUGCGGCCUUCAUUGACUUUCGUAAGGCCUUCGACCUUGUGGAUCACAAUAUUCUUUUGAACAAAUUAGCAGCUAUGAACAUAAAUAAACCCUUCUGGUUAUGGAUUAAAAGUUUCCUUUCCGGAAGAGUUCAACAAGUAAAUCUCAAUGGUACCUUAUCAUCCAUUGCAACAUGCCCGGCCGGAGUCCCGCAAGGCUCUGUAAUAUCUCCCAUUCUUUUUAAUACCUACAUUGAUGAUUUGGAGGACGCCUUACCAGAACAACUAAAAGUCAGUACGAAUAAGUAUGCAGAUGACUGCACACAACACCAAAUAGUGAGCGUAGAUUCUAAUAGUAAUUUACAACAAUCUAUCAAUGAAGUAAAUAACUGGGCGGUGUUAAAUAAAAUGGCAAUUAAUGCUAAAAAAACUAAGGACAUGUGGAUCUCGUUCACGGACGCUAUACCUGAACCACCACGUCUUCGUAUUGGAAAUGAGUUAAUAGAAAGGGUCAACGCUUUAAAAUUACUUGGCGUGUCGUUCCAAAAUAAUCUAAAAUGGAACGCACAUGUUGAAGAGAUUACACGUAAAGCAAAUAAACGCCUUUACCAUCUUAGAGAAUGCAGGAAAUCGCAGUUACCAGCUGAAGUCGGUAUUAUUACCUAUCAAUCCAAAAUAAGACCAAUUCUCGAGUAUGCAUCACCUGUCUGGGCGGGACUCCCUAAUUACCUGCGAGAUGAAAUAGAGCGGGUCCAAUCCAGGAGCUUAAGAAUCCUUGGCCUGGAAAAAGAUUACCUACCACCGUUGAACGAAAGAAGGGAAGAGGCAACUAGUCGAGAAGUUGAUAGGUUUAUGAACGAUCCACACCAUCCCUGUCGCAGUGUUUUGCCAAAAUUAAUUAACAAUCAGUACAAUUUAAGGAACAUUGACCGGAAUCGCAAUAUAUCAUUCUUCUCAGGAACUGAAAGGCAUAAACAUUCAUUUUCAGGUAGAGCUUGUAAAUAUGUAUAA